UACACAUUAAUUUGUAAUUAUAUUUUACACGCUAAGUAUAUGUUUGUGUCUGAGAAUCUAAAUGAUAGGCCAUGCCGAGUCAGAUUCAAUAUCUGACGAUGAAAAAUACCGCUGGCUGUUCUUAUAUUUAACAUUAACAGAUAAGCAAAGAUUAGAAUUACAUAGUACAAUAAAAAACACCACCAGUAGGCCGUUCAAAGUAAAAUUUAAUCCAGACUUGAGAGUUAGUUACAUAGAUUACUAUAAAAAGUGUAAAAAUAUAUCCAACACAAUUAUUCAUACAUACGAAAGAGUUCUAAACGAAUUUGAAACCGACGAGCCGAAAGCCGAAUCUAGCGAUGAGGUUGGAGGGAAUUACAAUUUGUACAUUAACAACGAAAAUUUAUUAAAUGUCCUGAUUCAACUUAAAAAAAGAUUCAAUGUGCCAAAUAUUAGACCAAUUUGGAAUAAAAUCGGGAUUUCCGUAAAGCUACGGGUCAUUCUGGAUCCGUUAUACCAGCUGGAUACAGAAUUUAAUGACAAUCAAGAUAUAUUUAACAAUGACCCAGAUAUGGAUGGUGAACCUUCUAUAUUACAAUACGUCCAAAAUAGUUUCUAUAACGAAGGAGAUUAUGAAAAACUGAGACAAUUACUCAGAGAAAAAAAAUAUGAUGCCAACUUUGUAAUCACGGACGGAACACUAAACAGCUGUUACAGGAAAUUAGUACAACUAAGAAACGCAUUCUACAAGGAUGUUAUUAAUAACAUAGAGGUGGGGGAAACAAUAAAGCGAAAUUUCCUAGAUCGGUUGAAAACGCAACCGCAGUAUUUUCAAAAUGAUGACAUCCCAAACUCUAAAAACAGUGCACGGUUCAUCAAAUAUUUAAGCAUCCUGAAGUAUAAACUGAAUCAGAACUUCAUAAUCUCCAGGAACAGGUACUAUGUCCUCUUUGAUGCUACACAAGACGCUCCGAAUGGGACAUAUCUUACUGUGUCAGGUGCCAUACUCCGGGGUAGACCAAAACAACCGGAACCCUCACGAGUUCCCGCUAAAAAGAGAACUAAAAAGUGGGAUUUGGCAAGAUUGAGGAGGUGUAUAAUUGAAGAACCUCCUGUACUCCCCUAUUGUACAUUUAACAAAACUGGAACUGGGAAUAAAGUAGCUAAAGGUGAUGAGAGUGGCCCUAAUGUUUCAGAACCAAAUUAUAGCAGUUACUCAGAUAUUGUAGACGGCUCAAAGUAUGAUGUCGUUAUAGUAGGGGGUGGAAUAGGAGGACUGGCAGCGUUCAAUUACCUAAAGUCUAAAAAAGUAAACGUCGUGUGCCUGGAGGCCAGAAACAGAAUUGGUGGAAGAACCUUCACCACUUUCUUUAAGAAAAACGCAAGUAACCCUAGUGAACAAAUUAGCGUCGACCUGGGUCCAAACUAUCUCCACUGCAAUAACUAUAUCAUCAACAAUUUUAAAAAAGAUAAGUUACAAAGAUCCCCAAAUUACAAAUAUGAUCACGACUUAAGCUCCCAGGUUAGUGAUUCAGUGAAUAGUGAUCAGAAUGAAAUUGAGACCCCUGUAAGCUUAGUACAUCAGGCAUACAAUCCUUACAAGGACAUACGUAACAAGAGAAAGUAUAAUAAAUCCAUCCUUGGUGUUACUAAUUAUAUAAAACCACUGGUGGGUGACUUGAGUGGGUACUCUAACUGGGAGCCAACACUGUAUACUAAUUGGUAUAAUCAUAAGAAUGGUAGUAAAAUCAGUUUUGGAUCAGUUGUAAAGGCCAAUUUCAUAGUUGAUAAAAUCAUCAUGCAAUCUAACAAGCUGUUUCAUCAAUUAUAUGGUAAUCAUUCAUUUUUCAAGAAAUACGGCUACAAAGACAAUGGAGUCAAUAAUUUGUUGCCGGAUGAUAGUUAUAUCAAUGAAGAACCAGUUGAGGGGCUUAAACCUGAAGAUGAAGUUGAUUGUGAAGGGCUAAGUGAAGAUUCUGACAGUAACGAAUGGUACAUUAGGGAGGUGGAAGAGAACAAAGGAUUCGGAGUGGAUGAAAUCAAGAGUCUGUGGGAUGUGUACUAUUUUGUGUAUAGAAACAUAAUAGAUGAAUUCAAUCGAAAUAAUGUGACCAUAACGAAAGAAGAGCAGGUGUUACUAUUCAACAUUGUCCAGUCAAGAAUGGGCUACAACUCAGACCUAAGAGAAACUUGUAUCUCAAUGUGUAAGCUGCCAAUUCCUUCAUCACUCAACACUCACACAGUGUCAUCAUCUUCACAGACAAGUUUACUCGAUAAAAAACUUAAUAAUGAUGAAUCACUCAUGAAUUCAAUGUGUGAUGAUAAUUGCUCCUCAACAACUAGUACCACGGCCAACUAUAGUAGUUUCAGUGUCAGCCCUAAUGAAACAACCACAUUCCAGAGUAGCGAGAAUAAUGGAUUAGACAAAAGGAGUUUGGAGUUGUAUAAAAGGAGAAUAAAACUAGUUUAUAAUAAGCUGACACGGCUUAAUAUAGAGAAGUUUAAGGGGAAUUCAGACUCUGAUAAGCUGGUUAUAGACGGCUGGGAGUGGCUAUUUAGGUACUUGGUGGGAGUUAAUAAGGAAUUUAUAUACCUGAACACUCUGGUUACACAGAUUUCGUUGAAAAAAGAUGCUGGUGACUUGAAUAGUGUGGAAAAGGCUGUAGAUUCACCUGAUACUGAGGGUUAUGACGUAAAAUUGGUGUUAAAAAGUAGUGAAACUGAUGUAAAAUUAAAAUCAAAUACGGGCUUAGAAGUGUUUGAACCCCAAGAUUCUAAAUGUGUGUAUAGUAAGUAUGUGAUAGUGACUGUGCCAAUAAACCUGCUGAGUGAGAUAAGUUUCGUGCCUGAAUUAAGUGAAGGUAGAAUUAAGAGCAUGAGUAACUACAGCAUGGGAUACCACAACAAGAUAGUCAUGCGCUUUAAACCAAGCGAUAUCUUCUGGCCGAGGAAUGAAAUGCAGUUUAAUUCACUGGACCACAGGUUCCAGUUCUUAAACUUACACUGUUACGGGAAGAAGGGAUGUAUCCUGGCACACUCAUUUCCACCAUUCAGUAAAAGAUUUGAGAAAAUGUCCAAGGCUGGCUUGCUUAAAGUGUGUCUGAAACUAUUGCACAAGAUAUUCAAUGUCACGAGGAAGAUAUACCCAGUUGAGGCUUUUGUGACUAACUGGAAAGGUGACCAAUAUUCGAAAGGAAGUUAUUCAUACCCAAAAGUUACAGCAAACGACGAAGAUAUCAUACACCUCAAGUCACCGUAUCCAACAGAUGAUCCAAGGGUUCUUUUCUCAGGUGAAUAUAUCAGUAACUCAUACUAUCAAUGUAUCGACGGGUCCUUUGAUACCUCAAUAAGAGCAGCAGAAGACAUAUACAACAUUGGCCUGAAUAAAAAUAGAGUUACCGUUAAGAAACGCAAGUCAGAUGUUAUUGAUUCUAUUGAUGCUGUUGAUGUGAUUGGAAGUGAAAUUAAGAGAAAGUUGAAGAAAGAGAUUGAAAAAAAUGAGAAUAUGGAUUACAGUUUGGAUAACAUACUCAACAAUAGAUAUAGUGAUAACUACGUUGGAAUCCCGAUACCCUUGCCAAGUAAAAAUCUCCUGGGCUAUUAUCUGACUGAUGGGUCCGAUGAGUUGAUUUCAGACGAUAACAUGUACCUAGACAACAGUGUUAUAAGCGACUACUACACAGAUUAUAACGCAGUUGAAAGUAAGAGCUUGGAUUUCAACAGUAAUUAUAAGAAAAUCAACGAUAACACUGCUGGUGGUCAAACUGAAGCUUUAAAUCUUGAGAGUAGCGAUACUGACAUCAGUUCUUGUGAUAGCUCAGGACAGGUGGAUGAAAAUCCAGUGCGUAAAAGGGUGUGCAAACAAGGUGUGGAAGACUACGAGCUGGAGUUAUUGAUGUUGAUAAAGCUGAUGCUCAGUGAAAAUUCCAUCAGAAUUGAUAAAAUCUUGAGUAACUAUGAUAAGUUUAAUAAAAUUAGGGCACAUUUGCAAAACAGGAAUUAUAUUAAUAAAUACAUCUACUACUCUGAAGUAAUCAUCAAGGGCCUUUUGUACACUGCCUAUCACAUGGAGCACAAUUCCUGUGGCCUGGAAAAGGGUUAUGACACAUGUAAAAUUAUAGGUGUUGAUAUGGUUGAAGUUGUUGAAGGGUUAAAAAAAAGCGGUAAAAAGGAGGUUGAAAUAAGGAAUCAAGCGUUCUCAACUGAGAUGUUGAAGAGCACAUGUAAAUUACUGGGUCUGUGGUACGAUUUCCUGUGUUAUUACUGCCAAAGAGGAGGGGAAGUCUUGCUGUGUGACUCCGCAAGCUGCAGUAAGAUUUGGCACUACAACUGCGUACCGGAUGAAUUCAGACCAGACAACGUCGCGGGUGCGGAGAGUGAGAGGGAAAAGUGGCUGUGUCCAAAGUGCAAAAACUGUAAAAUAGAAAGGGGGGAGAACGGCGCAUCUCUGGAUGUGCAAAAGUAUUGGAUCAGGAGAGCGUACUGUUGGAGGGUGAAGGCAGUCAUAUCAAUCUCGAUGAAGAUUUAUCAGAGAAUACAGCAAUUAUUGUAUAAUUAUUAAUUUUUUACCAUAAAAUA